AGAAAAGAAUAAACAAUUGUGACAUGUCAAAUUCUCUGUAGAGUCCAGAGUAAUUUUAAUUAAAUAAAUCUUUUAAAAUGAUAAAAAAAUAAUAAUAAUAUAAAAUGGCAUGCGAGGUGUGCGAGCACUGUUCGGAACCAAUCGGCGCCGGUGAAAAGGUCGUCUGUGAAGGUUACAGCUACCACAAACAGUGCAAGAGGUGCUUUGUAUGCAAUGAAAAUGAUUUAACUGACGCGGAAAUAUUUAAAGGCGUCAUAUUUUGUUCAAAAUGUUCAGCACGAUUAUUUCAUUCAAACAAAAGCAACUGGAAUAAGAAUAAAGACAAAAACCCGAAGAAACUCCAUGAGUUGAUGUCGAAUACGACUCGCGAUACCUUUAGAGAGUUUGGAAAAACUUCAAUACUUACUUCAAAUACCUCAGUAGAUCGUGUUGAAGACAAGAAUAAAAGCAAACCAAUACCACUACAUCCUGGUUCCGAAAUUAAAUAUUUACGAAUGAAAAUGGGUUCCGAACAUACAUCAAUUAUAAAGAAAUGCGAACCAGACAUCAAAAAGUCGAUAGAAAUCAAACAAUUAUACAAAGACUCCCCUAGGUCUACAAUGACUAACGAUCAAAAACUCGCACUAUCUCGCCUGCCGCCUAAAUAUACGAAAUAUAGGAAGCCGAGCAGUAACCGUCUCAGCGAUAUGAGAGUAGCAGAGCUUGGUACGUCAACAGAAAUCGCUAAUACUGCUUUAAGAAAAAAAUCCGAAGACGAAGCUGUAAUAAUUAAAUCUAUGGUACCUCUAAAAAGGACUGCGUCGUCAAUAAUGUCGGGACUGAACACAAAUCAUUCGGGUGACGGAGACGAUUCUUUGAGCAGCGAACUUAAUUACUCCGUUUCAAUGAAGUCACAUAAAAAGCAUUGGAUGGACAGAAGAAUACGAAGUAUUAUGAAAAUGCCCUACACUAGUUUCAAGAGAAAUAUUUUGAAACAAAGUUCGAUUGUGAGUACUUUGAUGAGCGUGGACCAUGACCCACAGAGUUUGUUGAAAAAGAUAAAUUCGUUAUUCCACGAGGAAAUAACAGAACAUCAGCGUCGUGGGCUUAAAAGACUUUACUCAACUAUAAAUCGAAGACAGUCUCCGCAUAAAUUGGGAUGGUUACGUUUGAUGCAAAAGAUGGAUGAACAAAUGAGCUGCAAACAUUUGAAAACAUCUCACAGUUAUCGCUGCAUGCGCGCGCACGUCAUGCGAUUAGCCGGUCCUACGAAGAGCCAAUUAGCAGUCUUUCGUGCAAAACUGUUAAGGAUGCUUGUUCCAAGUCCAAAACCUAAUAUGAGAUAUAAAAGCAAAAAUAUUACUCCUUCAUCUCCUAUGGUCAUAGACUCAAAAGUAUUGUGAAAGUAAAAUUAUCCACCACAGAGAUAUCUGUAAAUGUAAGUCUCUAGUAAAUCAUAAAUGCAACAAAAAUACAUUUGUACACUUUUUUGUAACUUCUAGAAAUGUCACAUUUUUAGAAACAAUAUUUUUAUAAAAACAUGCUAUAAUUUUUUUGAAGGAGAAUGAGAGAGUCGAUAUGUUUAGUAUAAAAAAUAUUGAAUAAAUUUAUGGGGCACUAAUUGUACAGUCAUUUAUGUAAUAAUUUUCACACUGUAUUCGUUUUUGUUUUAAUAAAUGGUCUCCAAUGAU